AGACGUGAAAGAACACCCAUGGUGAUUUGAGAUGAAGUAACUCAGUGCUUUACAGACUGCACCUGUGGUAAAAAUGACUGUAAAAGCUGACUUUAUCAAACUUCUCAUCAUGACUAACGUCACUGCUGAUUUCAGAGCAACACGAGCUCUAAUUAGCCACCAUGUGCUGAGAUGUGGGCUGAACUUUGAUUUUAGAUGUCUGUGUUUAGGAGACAUAGACAUUUUGUCAUCAGCAAAGCUCUUGUUGGAAAUUCCCAUUUAUUACACUUUUGACAGUGACAGUGAAUGGUGUAGCAGAUCUAGGAAGGAUAGUUUUACCAGUUAGUGCUUGAUGGGUUUUCGUCAGGACUUUGGGGAGACCAGUCUAGAUCCUUUGUUCUAGCCUGACUGAACCCUUUCUUUAACACUUACUCAGUCCCUCCAGGAUUUUGCGGGCGUUUUUGUGAUUGUUGCGGCCGAAAAUGCCUGAAUUCACGGCAGCUUUUCUAAAAAAUUGCGAUAAAAGUUGCGAUGUUUAAAGCUUAUUUGUUGUGGUGAAAUUGCAGUGACAAUUGCUAAAAAGCUGCAUUUUUUCCAGCUUGUAGAACACAUUUUGACACUGUAAUUGACUAAAUUUAUUCCGAAAUUAAUUAUUUAACGUUUCCACAAAAGCUUGCACACCACGGUGGGACAUUAGCAGCAGCCAGAUACUGGUUUAACAUGAAGUGACCAUACUUUGCAGGGGGCAACAGGAAUUGAUGGGACUCAGAAACACCCCCAUAAUUUAAUCAGUUUUUCCCUUGUGUCACUUCCGAUACGUCCACAGUGGUAGAUUUGUAGUAGGAUCACAAUCAUGUGAUCGUCAGCAGGCUGCUGAGGUAGCGUUCACUUGUUGCCAUGGUUAUCGUGCUGCUAUCAGACGCCGUGCCGCUAUGAAUCCUUAACAAAUCCAUGGAUCCAGACUUUAAGCCGUAUCACUGCCAAAGUCUAAUCACUUGGUCCUUGUGUCAUUUCUGACCGACCCUGAAAAUUUCAUUCAAAUCCCUGAGUCUGUUUUUGAGUGAUAUGGUAACAGAGGAAGGAUUCACACACGCUGAUCGUCACAUAACUCUGUCGUGUUCUUAGGUGGAAUAAAUAAUCUAAUUUUCCUUCAUUCUUUCAGUGCUCUAACGGAUCUGGAUGCAACAGUUUCCAUUAUGGUGAUUUGUCUGGUCUGUUGUCGUUCAUUUCAGCCGUUCUAAUAUGUUUCGUGUUAAAAAAAUUGUGUAUCAAUCAAUGAUUUUUUUUUCCUUUUUUGUAUUCCACCACAAUAUUGCGCGGUUGUAAAACAGUUUAGCUCCACUUUGAAGAACAUCAGUGAAUUAAUUGUUUAUCAUGGUCUUCAGCAGUAAUUUUUGUUGGUAAAUGAGAGACAUUAGUAUCACACACGUCUGCAUCUUCAAACCAUAAACAGGAAGUGAAUUCGGUGACGUACGUGCAUUACGUUUGCGCUGGGAGCUGCUAUGAUUGGUGGAACUCACGGGAGGCGGGCCAAAAUUGCGGGAAAGUUGCAGUGAUUGGACAAAAUUGCAAGGCCGUGCAAAAUUGGCGGAGAUUGGUUGAUUUCGCGCGAUCGCAACAUCGCAAAUUCCUGGAGGGACCGUUUACUACAUGUGUUUGGCCUCAUUCUCUUGUUGAAACACAACUGCAUUCAAGAUCAACCUUAAGCUGUGGAUUUUAGGUUUUCCUGAAGAAUGUGGAGACAAAACCUCCUUCUGUCACGAUCUGAGGAGGGCUGGACCCGAGCAGAGAGCCACACCACCAAGGCUGGUUGGAAUGAAGUGUUUUAUUGCUGGGGGGUGAAAUGGUGGCUUGGUGGGGGAAAACCAGGGUGCAGGAGCGGGGGGUUCCAGGCAGGGACAGAAGGGGUCCAAGUAGGAGUGGGGGUCCGGGCAGGAGUGGGGGGGUCCAGGCAGGGGAAACCGGUGAUGACUGGUCUGGGGAGAGCCGGAGGGGAAGGAGAAUGGCAGGGAUCCCGGACAGCUGAACUGUGAGGAGGCAGGAAAAAACAACGUAAGAAAACCAGGUAGGAACUCAAAACAGAUAUUGUGAGAGGCAAGAGAGUGAACUGAACUGUGUGGUUCUUGUUCAAUACUCUGGCAGCAAGCGGAAGGCUGAGCCGGUACUUAUUGUUGAGGUGAGUCAUUAGUGAGAUGAUCGUCAGCUGUCCGGGAGCCGUGGAGGUGGUUGAUUGCCUGAGUGGAGUCAGCUGAGAAGCUAGACUCCACUCAGGCACCGAGCUGUAGGGGAAGAUACAGGGCAGAGGAGUGGAUGGGAGACAGGCAAGGCAGAGGAGAAGGGAGCUGUGACACCUUCAUUAUUCCAUUCCCUUUGUAUAAAGUUCCAGUUCCACAGAUCAUGAUGCCGCCACCACCAUGGUAGGUUUGUUGUUCUUGGGGUUGAAGGCCUCACCUUCUCUCCUCCAAACAUACUUCUGCUCAGUUUUUCUUCCAUCUGACCACAGAACUUUCCUCCAGAAGGUCUUUUCUUUAUCCAUGUUAUCAGCAGCAGAUUUGAGUGGAGCUUUAAGGUUCUGCUUCGAGAGGAAGAACUUCCUUCUUCAUGGAUCCUGUCAGCUCAUCUUGAUGUAAAACUCUGUGGACACUGACUCUUGAUCAUCUUGACCAACUGUCUCAGUAGCAGUUGAUUUUUUGUGUGUGAUUAUGGCAGUAACACAACUGUACCAUGAACUUAAUACUAAGAAUUACACCAAUAACACCCGCCUCCCCAAUGAUCUUACUGAACAGUCCACCAUUAACUGACACAUCUCAUAUGUUGAAUUCCAAAUAUAUACGAAUAAACUCCGUGCAAACACAAACAGUACAAACACUGAUUCAUCUCUCUGUCAGUUAAAUUCAUUCUUGCUAAAAUUGAGAACAAGCAGAAACAGCAGCUGAUUGAGGAAGUUCUCAUAUAUAACCUUAAGAAAUCUGUAAUGUCCACAGUAGUUAGUACAAGCUAAUGUUUUACACGUGUUCUACUUUAUGGUUUUAUUGCUUGUGUGUUUUGUGUCGCAGCAGUUCCCGCAAAUAUCUAAAACUAUUUCCUCCUAAGAGAGACACAUAACGGAACCUUGAACCUUGAACAAAGCCUGUCAAUGUCUUUGGAUAGAAGCCUGUUUCUGAAUCUUUGCCCAGCAAUGAAAUGUCACCAGAAAUCAGUAACCAUAAUUCUAACACAUGCUUCCUCAUUCAAACCCCUCCUCUUUCUGGAGUUAGAAAAAAUAUGUACAACCUUCCUGUUUCCAUCCAAACAUUCACUGACACUUCAUCUGGGAGGUGAAAUGGCGCAGUCAGGAGUUAUUUUCGACAGGGAAAGACUUACGUGUGCGAUCUGUCUGGAUCUACUGAAGGAACCGGUGACUACUCCCUGUGGACACAACUACUGUAUGAACUGUAUUAACCUCCACUGGGAUGGAGAGGAUGACAAGAAUACCUACAGCUGUCCUCAGUGCAGACAGAUCUUUACACCGAGGCCUGACCUGAAGAAGAACACGAUGUUGGCUGAGUUGGUGGAGGAAGUGAAGAAGACAGGAGGCCAGUCUGCUGCAGAAGAUAUUUACUUUACUGGACGUGGACAUGUGUCCUGUGAUUUCUGCAUUGAAACAAAGAGGAAUGCUGUCAAGUCCUGUCUACAGUGUCUGGUCUCUUACUGUGACCAACACCUCCAGCCUCACUAUCAAUCUCCUGCAUUUAAAAAUCACAAUCUGGUCGACCCGUCCAAGAAGCUUCAGGAGAACAUCUGCUCUCAUCACAAAGAGGUAAUGAAGAUCUUCUGUCACACCGAUCAGAAGUGUAUCUGUUACCUGUGCUCUUUGGGUGUACAUAGAGGUCAUGCUACGGUUCCAAUUUCAGAAGAACGAACUGAGAAGCAGCAAGAGCUAAAGCUAGUUUGUGAAAAAAUACAACAGAAAAUCCAUUACAGAGAGAAAGAUGUGAGGAUGCUUCAGCAGGAGGUGGAGGCCAUCAAUCAGUCUGCUGAUACAGCUGUGAGGGACACUGACAAGAUCUUCAACCAGCUGAUAUAUUUUAUCAACAAUAUGAGCUUUAAUGUGGAGCAGCAGAUCAAAUCUCAGCAGGAAACUGCCAUAAAUCGAGCCAAAGAUCUUCUUCAAAAGGUGCAAGAGGAGAUCACAGAGCUGAAGAGACAAGAUGCUGAACUGAAGCAACUGUCUGAGACAAAGGACGACUGCCAGUUCCUGCAGAAGUUCCCCCUGAUUUCAGGAGACAUCACAGCAAAGUGUCCUCUCCCUACACCCCGUCACCUGCAAGAGUUUGAGAAUGUGACAGCGGCCGUGUCAGAACUGCAUGAUAAACUACAGAGUGUUCUCUGUGAGGAACUGCCAAAACUUUCACAGACCGUCACUGAAGUGAAUGUUUUACCGCCAAAACCAGAGCCCACAACCAGAGAGGAAUUUUUACCAGAAGCCAUGACCAGAGCAGAAUUUUUACAGCAUUCAUGUGAAAUCACACUGGAUCCAAACACAGCAAACGCACACAUGUUAUUGUCUGAAGGGAACAGAAAAGCAUCUUAUACGAGUAAAAAGCAGUCAUAUUCAUUUCACCAUGACAGAUUCAUGAACAAGUCUCAAGUCCUGAGCAGAGAAGCUCUGACUGGACGUCAUUACUGGGAGGUGGAGUGGAGCGGCUCAGGUAUUAUUGUAGCAGUCGCCUACAAAGAUAUAAGCAGAAAAGGAGACAAUAGCGAAUUUGGGAGUAAUGACAAGUCUUGGGCAUUCAGGUGUUCACCCAAAAAAUAUAAAUUUAGUCAUAAUUCAGUCUUCAAUCCCAUCUCAGGUCCUCUGUCCUCCAAAGUAGGAAUCUAUCUGGAUCACAGAGCAGGUAUUCUGUCCUUCUACAGCGUCUCUGACACCAUGACUCUACUCCACAAAGUCCAGACCACAUUCAGUCAGCCGCUGCAUGUUGGACUCCAGGCUCAUUAUUUCUUUGGUUCAGAAUCCUCGGCUGUAUUCUGUGAGCUAAAGUAA